AUGGCCAAAAAAGCAGCAUCAAAAAUGCCAGAAAUUUGUCUCCCAGGUGGUAUGUGUUAUAGAUUCCCACCACCAUGUUGUUCAAUUUGUUGUACAGUCUUUUCACUUUUUUCAAUGGCUGGUCUUUUUAUAAUUUAUGCAUUGAUUAACAAUAAUUACACUAAAAUAUCUGGUCAAACUCUUUGGAAUCAUGAUCAAAUCGAAAAUGGUAAACAUGCUUCAAUGGUUGGAGCUUUUAUCUAUUUAGGCGUUGCUGGUUUAUGUGUUUUCCUUUUCUUAUGCAGAAAAUUUACCGCUCCAAAGCAUAAUCCAGAAGAUGAUGAAUAA